UCUUUGCUGCCACACGGCGAGUACUGUUGGUACUAGUGUCAAAAGCUCUCACAGAUACAGCACUGUGUAACGACCUGUGUGUUCUUUUCUACUGAAGCAAUUUCAACAACCACAGCGAUGUUGGAAAUCCUCUUUAAUAUGCACGCUGGCUAUCUGGAAGGCCUAGUGCGCGGCUUUAAAUCGGGCAUCCUUCGCCAGGCCGACUAUCUCAAUCUGGUGCAAUGCGAAACCUUAGAGGACAUGAAAUUGCACCUGCAAUCGACAGAUUAUGGCAACUUUCUUGCAAAUGAGCCGUCACCGUUGGCUGUAUCAACGAUGGAUGAAAAACUUCGUGAAAAGCUCGUCAUUGAGUUCCAGCACAUACGUACGCAUGCUACUGAACCUCUAGCCACGUUUCUGGAUUACAUAACGUACUCGUACAUGAUCGAUAACAUCGUCCUACUUAUCACGGGCACACUUCACCACCGGCCCAUCUCGGAGCUGAUUUCGAAGUGCCACCCGCUUGGAUCGUUCGAUCAGAUGGAGGCCAUUAACAUCGCGCAGAAUCCGGCUGAACUAUAUAACGCCGUCAUUGUCGAUACGCCGUUAGCUCCGUUCUUUCAGGACUGUAUCUCGGAGCAUGAUCUCGAUGAAAUGAACAUCGAGAUCAUUCGUAAUACCCUGUACAAAGCCUACCUCGAGGCGUUCUACAAAUUCUGCAAGGAAAUCGGCGGAACAACGGCCGAAGUAAUGUGCGAAAUUCUUGCUUUGGAGGCCGAUCGCCGUGCGUUCACCAUCACGAUUAAUUCGUUCGGCACCGAGCUCGAACGGGACGAAAGGAUGAAGUUAUUCCCUCGUUGUGGGAAACUUCAUCCGGACGGCUUGACGGCGCUAGCCAAAGCCGAAGAUUACGAUCAAGUCAAGAUGGUCGCCGACUACUACGCCGAAUAUAAGGCGUUGUUUGAAGGCGCUGGCAAUGAAAGUGGAGACAAGACGCUCGAAGACAAGUUCUUCGAAUUCGAGGUGCAGCUCAACGUCAACUCGUUCAUGCUACAGUUCCACUUCGGUGUUUUCUAUUCAUAUGUCAAGCUUAAGGAGCAGGAGGCGCGAAACAUUGUCUGGAUCGCUGAAUGCGUUGCACAGAGGCACCGAUCCAAAAUUGACAACUACAUUCCUAUUCUGCCCUAGAUUCGUUCUAUGGCAGGCUAGCGUGUACUGUCGUCAAAAGCAGAAGUCUUACACAUUAAAUUUUACGGGCAUCGCGUCCUCCGAAAACAAGGGGUGGGAAAUAAAGUGGGGUAGUUGUGGUUAGCUAGGUCAGUUGAACAGAAUUGCAUCAUCGAAGACUGAAUUAUGCCAAUACGAGGCCGAGCAGUAAUCACAGGAAAAUUAGACGUUGAGGCAAACAGAAGAAAAGUCGAAGCUGUUACUGAAAAGCGGUUAUCGAAUUAGGAUGCGUUAUGUGUGUAUGGAUGAUUUGUUUUUCGACACGUCAUCCUUGGUUUUUGUUUAUAAAUAGUACUAUUAUUAGAAUAACAAUUAUUAACGAUAGUUGGUUGAAAUGAAGAGGGACAAGAAAGAUGAGUAGGCUCAGCGAUGAGGUAAGCAUAAGUUUGCAGCUCCGAAUGAAUACAUGUAUCAGCGUGUGAAGAGGCUCUUAUCAGACUGAAAUAUAUAGAGGCGCUAUUUUGAAGUCGCGGCCUUUGAGUCUGUUCUGAAAUUAGUGGCGAUGUCAAAUCCCUUACGUUGUUACAACGUAAAACACCUGCAACUUUUAGAGGUAAUGAUGCAGUCACACAUGUUGAAGACGGCAUGGUAUAGAAAAGAAGCACACAUAUACAACGUGAGCAUAUAUAGUAAGGUCUAACGAAAAUGUUAAAUUGAAUGAGGUCUAAGGAUAAAUAAAGUACGACUGGAUAAAAUAUGCCAGUGA